AUGAAUAAGGCCUUGUUCCUUCUUGCAUCGGCCAGUGUGGCCUAUGCUACUUCUCUAAGCAGCGCAUGCACUGUCGCGCAGGUUCGCGACUCGUUGCCUGAGGAUGGCUACAUUCUGGGUGUGACCUUUGACCAUGACUCUGUCACGGCCAAUGCCGUCUACAACUCCUCGCACUCCGGAGAGACCUUCUUCCCUGAUGCCACUAUCAACUACUGCAAUGUUACCUUCUCCUACACCCACACUGGAUCGGAUGAUGCUGUGAUCGUUGGCUACUACAUGCCCGCGCCAUCGAGCUUCCAGAACCGCUUCCUUGCUACUGGUGGCGGUGCUUAUGCUAUUCAAUCCGGCUCAAUGUCUGCCCCUGGUGGUGUCAUGUACGGUGCCGUCUCUGGCUUCACCGAUGGAGGAUUCGGCAGCAUGGACACCGACUUUGACGACGUCUUUUUGCUGAACAACGGCACAAUCAACUGGCCGUCCGUUUACAUGUUCGGCUACCAGGCCAUCAAGGAGAUGACCAUUAUCGGAAAGCAACUCAGCAAGAACUUCUACGAUGUCUCCAACAGCACCAAGCUCUACUCCUACUACCAGGGUUGCUCUGAGGGAGGUCGCGAGGGAUUCUCCCAGGCCCAGCGCGCUGGUGAGGAGUAUGAUGGCUUGAUGAUUGGUGCCCCCGCUAUCCGUUACGGUCAGCAGCAGGCUAACCACAUCUACUCUAACGUUGUUGAAAAGACUCUGGGCUACUACCCCCCACCGUGUGAGCUUGAGAAGAUUGUGAACGAGACUAUCACCGCCUGUGACCCUCUUGAUGGUCGUACUGAUGGUGUGGUGUCUCGUUCCGACCUUUGCGAGCUGCACUUCAACAUGACCUCGAUCAUCGGCAAGUCCUACUACUGCGCCAGCUCUAGCGGCGGUAGCCUUGGUCUUGGAUUUGGCAAGCGUGGCUUUAGCACUACGCCCGCCCAGAAUGGCACUGUCAGCGCCGAGGGUGUUGCUGUGGCUCAGAAGAUUGUUGACGGACUUCACGACUCAAAGGGACGUCGUGCCUACAUCUCUUACCAAAUGGGUGCCUCCUUUGAUGACGCCGAGACCUCCUACAACUCUACCAUUGGCGAAUGGGGACUGGACAUUGCUGGCGCUGGCGGUGAAUGGGUUGCCCGUUUCCUGGAGCUAUGCGAUGAGGACAACCUGUCCACCCUGGAUGGUGUGACUUAUGACACUCUUGUCGGCUACAUGAAGCAGGGUAUGACCCGCUACAUGGACUCCCUCCAGACUACUAUCCCUGAUUUGACCGAGUUUUACGAGAACGGCGGAAAGCUCAUCCAUUACCAUGGCGAGCAGGACGAGUCAAUCCCUACUGGUUCCUCCAUCCACUACUACAACUCUGUUCGCGAGACCAUGUACCCCGGCAAGUCUUACAACGAUUCCACCGCUGAACUAAAGGAAUGGUACAAGCUCUUCCUUGUUCCCGGAGCUGCGCACUGUGCCACCAACAGCGCCCAACCUAACGGUCCCUUCCCUCAGACCAACUUCGAGGUUAUCUCUCGUUGGGUUGAGAAGGGCAUUGAGCCCGUUACCCUGAAUGCCACCAUCCUCCAGGGUGAAUACGAGGGUAAUAACGAGCAGCUCUGUGCUUGGCCUCUUCGCCCUUACUGGAAGAACAGCGGCAAGGACUUCACCUGCGAGUACGAUCAGGCCUCGAUCGAUACCUUCAACUACAACUUUGAUGCCUACAAGCUGCCCCUUUACUAA